UUGGGAAGUUUCCACCACGUGGACCCGCCCACACUCAAAUACAGAGAGCCGGCCAUGGAAGGUACCGAUACCAUGACCAGUGAGGAAGUCAAGCCCAAGUUCUCCUUCCCCAUUGUGCCUGGGAACCCCUCGGGCUGGGGCCCGUGUGACCUCCCAGAGCAGUUCAAAGAUGUUCCCUACCAGCCCUUCUCCAAAGCAGACAGAGUGGGCAAGGUGGCAGAUUGGUCUGGAAGUAUGUACCAGGACCGACGAACAGCAAAUAAGUACGGUAACACGUACGGGCAGGGUGGGCAACAAUAUGCCUACCGUCACGAGGAGGAUGAGUCCUCCUUCCAACUGGUGGACACGGCCAAGGUCAAGGCCAACACCUCUCAUCGCAGACCAAAGUACAAUCAGCAAAAGAUUCGUCGUGAUCGUGAGAAGAGAGAGGAGCGAAGGAUGGGUGGGAAGCAGCAAAUCGCCAAGGGGAAGCUGAAAGAACGAGAUCGCUGGAGGCAGCAGCAGCACAAAAGAAUUAAGAAGUUUAUGAGACUAGGGUCUCACUAUGACAGGUCGAAUCAGGUCCCGAUCAAGCCUCGGGCACCCUCAGUCAGUGUGAAGCACGACUGGCCAGUGGUCAGUGAGAUCGACUUUACACAACUCGGGAAACUCCAUCUAAAACCAGAAGAGCCUACUGAACUGCGGUUGUGUGGAUCUCUUGGUUGCUAUGACAUCGGUAUGGAGAAACGUGUUUCCCUGAGGAAUCCCACUCGACUACAGACGUACAACAGAAUUUUCCACAAAGUGACUACAACAGAUGACCCCAUCAUUAGGAAGCUUGUGAAGAGUCCUGAGUGUGCUGAUGUAAAGGUGUUUGGAACGGACAUUAUUCUCUCGACCCUAAUGACCUGUUCUCGCUCCAAAUAUUCCUGGGACAUUGUGGCCACUCGGAUAGGGCAACACCUCUUCUUCGACAAAAGAGACGACUCUCAGUUUGAUCUACUGACCGUGAGCGAGACAUCUAAAGAACCCCCCCAAGACGUAGAGGAUGUGAAAAACCCUAUGAACUUACCAAAUAACCUCGCCAUUGAGGCCACCUACAUCAACCAGAACUUCUCACAACAGAUUCUCCUGGAGGGCCCUGGACGGACAGUUGACCUCAAUGAGCCCAACCCUUUUGCUGGAGACGAGCCAGAACAGAUUGCUUCAGUGGGAUAUAGGUACAUGAAGUGGGACCUUGGUGGUGGAGUGGGACUGGUUGCUAGGUGUGAAUACGAUGCCGUAAUGCCCUAUCAUGGUCAGAAGAAAGUAUUCAUCAAUGUCAAGGCACUCAAUGAGUGGGACCCAAAGCAAUGUGGUGGUGUAGAGUGGCGUAUGAAGCUGGAGUCACAGAAAGGAGCUGUGUUUGCUACAGAGCUGAAGAACAACAGCUUCAAGAUUGCUAAGUGGGCCAUGAGUUCCCUGCUGGCUGGGUCGUCCUUCAUCAAGUUCGGGUAUGUUGCUCGCAGAAAUCCAAGAGACUCCAAUUCUCACCAUAUUGUGGGCAUUCAGACUGUGAAGCCAUUGGAACUGGCUCAGCAGACCUCACUGGACGUGGGGAAUGCUUGGGGGGUCCUUAGAGCUAUCAUUGACAUAUGCUUCCAACAGCCAUACGAUCCCACAAAAAAGCUUCUUAUUCUCAAGGAUCCCAAUCAGCAAGUGAUUCGGUUUUACUCUAUCCCCAUGGAUACAUUCGAGGAGACGGAUGAUGAGUCAUCGUCCUCAGAGGAAGAGAGCUCAGAAGAUGAAGAACACGAAGUAAAUUAAAUUGUUACUUAGCAACAGUACUUGUAGGGUUAUGUUCAUGUGAAUCAGAUGGCAAUUAUGAUGAAAAUAAUUAUUGUAAGUCUUUUCCAUAAUAAUGGCUUUUUAUAGUUAA